CACGGUUGCCUCUGAAAUGCUUAAUGGUAUUCUGCGUCUCAAAGAAAUGGUCACCUUUGAUCCGUACGAAAGCCUUCAGACAACUUUACUUGAGCCGGUCGAUACAAAGGCCUCGAGUGAUGUUUAUGGUCCGUCGACUAAAGUUCAACCUAACAGUAGGUGAUGUUCUGUUUCACUCUGUUUCUCAAGAGGAGGAGUCAUUGUUGUCUUCUGGUGAUCAGCAAGAUAUGUGCAUCUCUCCUGAACCAGGAUAUGAUGAGAUUUCUCCACCUGUCCGAGGUUUGAUCUGUCUUCGAGAGAAAACUAAGGUUGUGAUUUACAAUCCGGGUACGGGAAAGUUUCUGACUUCUUUACCAGAGAUCCAAGCGUGUAAAGAAAAGGCCAUAACAGUAUUUUUCGGAUACGAUGAAGUUACAAAUGUAUUCAAGGUUUUAGCGUUUGAUAAAUCACAAGGAGCUAAGAUACAUCAGAUUUUGACCGUGAGAUCGGGUACACAAUCUUGGAGAAGGAUCAUAUGUGAGCAUGAUCAUUCUCCAGUUACGGAAGGACUAUGUAAAGAAGGAGUUUUGUACUAUGGAGCUCUGUCCAAUACUGAUAAAUCUCUAGUAAUGAGCUUCAACUUGAGGUCUGAAGUGUUUACUGUCAUUGAAUUACCCGAGGGAGUCGACACUCGAAUGGAGACAUUAAUGAACUUCAACGGGAAGAUUGCUUUGGUGAAAGAAUCCCCUUGUAAUGGAACUGUUCAAUUGAUGGUUAGAGAUGAAAUUUCAGGAGAAUGGGAUAUGAAUUGGAUUGUUAUUUCUGACUGGAAACAAACUGUUGAAGAUAUGAUGUUUUAUUUUAAAGGUACCAUUGGAAAUCAAAGACUUGUUUUCGCACUAGACGCUGCGUAUAAGGGAUCACUCUUUGUGUUGUAUUACGACAGAGCCACGAGAGAUGUUACAAAAUUUGAGAUUGAAGGAGUUGUUGGAGAUCAGUUUCAUUCUGUUCGAACCUUCUUGGAUCACAUAGAUAGUCCUCUGCUUUUGUGAAGAACAAGAGUUUGGUCCAUUUUGGUAUCAAGAAUAAGAGUUGGCUGCUUCAUUCUCUCAAGUAUAGCUAGUUCUAGGACUUAUUGGAAUGGUUCGUUUUUAUCACUUCUACUGUUG